AUGAGUCUGCGCCUUUCAGAUCCCAUCUCUACAGCUGGGGGCUGAGAUAGGAGCUCCACAAGUGUGAGCAGAGGCAGCAGCCACUGGUCUGGCCUUCAUUGCUUGCUGAGAGAAAGCUGGGAGUCACAAUGGGGACAGCCUUGCUCCCACUGAUCCUACUGCUGCUCAGCCAGAUGCUGUUCAGCCCCAAGGCCUGGGCCAGGGCCAGCAAUGAGGAGGAGGAGGAGGCAGCCGCUGUGUGUGCUGGGACUGCCUGCUAUACUGCUCACUGGGGCAAGAUCAGUGCCGCCGAGGCCCAACUCAACUGCAGUACCAAUGGGGGAAACCUGGCCACAGUAAAAAGCGAAGAAGAAGCCCAGCACAUCCAAGAAGCCCUGGCCCAGCUGCCUGACAGGGAGGCCCCAGCACGGACAGUCAAAUUCUGGAUUGGGCUUCAACGGGAAAAGAGUAAGUGCAUGGACCGUGAUGACCCACUGAAGGGCUUCAGCUGGGUGGGAGGUGGAGAGAACACUUCUUACUCCAAUUGGCACAAGGAGCCCAUGAGCACAUGUCUCUCCAAGCGCUGUGCCUCCCUCCUUUUGGAUCUUUCUUCUCCUGCUUCUGCCCACUCAGUCCCCAAAUGGUCAGAAAGUCCCUGUGGCACCCCAGGCUCACCAGUGAGGAACAUUGAGGGCUAUGUGUGCAAGUUCAGUUUCAAAGGUAUGUGCCAUCCUGUGGCUCUUGGGGGGCCAGGUGAGGUGACUUACACAACGCCCUUCGGGGCCACAAGCACCUCCCUGGCUGCUGUGCCUUUUGCUUCGGUAGCCAAUGUGAACUGUAGGGACGGAGGUGAAAAAAAGAGUCACUACCUCUUGUGCAAGGAACGAAGCCCCAGCCUGUUUGACUGGGGCACCCCAGGCCCUUUCUGUGCCUCCCCAAACCAUGGCUGUGCUUUCAAUAAUGGUGGCUGUCAGCAGGAAUGCUUGGAGGGGGGAGACGGUUCAUUCCUCUGUGGCUGCCGUCCAGGAUACCGCCUUCUAGAUGACUUGGUGUCCUGUAUCCCCCGAGACCCUUGCCAUCCCAACCCAUGCAGGGGAAAGGCAAAGUGCAGCCCUGGGACUCAUGGACAGCACUAUGAGUGUCAAUGUCCUGCAGGCUUCAAGCUCACGCCAAAUCGGCUAGAUUGUGAAGAUGUGGAUGAGUGCAGUAGAUUCCCAUGUACUCACAAGUGUGUCAACACUCCUGGUAGCUUCCAUUGCACCUGCCACCCAGGGUACGAGCCCCAAGGCCACAAUGGAAUGGAAUGCUGGGAUGUGGAUGAAUGUGCUGGGGACCAUCCCCCCUGUGCACAGCUUUGCAUCAACACCGUAGGCUCUUUUCAAUGUGCCUGCCAAAAGGGCUACCAGACAACUGGGGAAGAUGGGACCCAGUGCCAAGAUGUGAAUGAAUGUGAUGAGAAGAGAAACCCCUGUGAAGGCUUCUGCUACAAUGUACCAGGUUCUUUCCAGUGCGGCUGCCUGCCAGGAUGGAAUUUAGCCCCCAAUGGGGUCUCCUGCAUUGCCAACCACAACAAAUCAGGUCUUCCAGAUGACAGUCACAGAAAGAAUGAUGAAAAGGAAGGAGAGAAAAUGAAUGAAAUGGAGAAUGAGAAAGAGGAAAAGGAGCAAGAAAAAGAGAACAAUGGUUUUUCUCCCUCAGUUUUGGACACAACCAAGAGAUAUGAAUUUACCUUAGGAGCUAAUAGAGCAGUUCUCUACAACAUAGUACCUCCAGUGGGGAGACCUUCCCAACAGACUAAUACUCCUCUCACUCAAGACCCUUCUAGGCCUCCUACAUUCAGUACGCAACCAAGAAUUCAGGUGGUAUCCAGCAUCACCCACCCCACAUCAAUGAUCACCCCUGAUGGAGGAUCCCAGAAAGGAGAAUCCUUGGCAAAUGAGAGUGAUGACACUGAUGGUCAGAGGUUACUCCUGUUUUAUAUUUUGGGGACAGUAGCAGCCACCUUGCUUCUUCUGGCUAUGGCCCUGGGGUUAGUGUUCUAUCGCAAGAGGAAAGCAAAAAGGGCAGAGAAGAAGGCCCCUCAAAAUGCAGCUGACAGCUACUCCUGGGUCCCUGAGCAGGCUGAGAACAGGGCAGUAGAAAAUGAGUACAGGUAAAAUCUGGUAGCCUGUAGGGAGGAGAUGGAGGCAAGGGAAGCCAAAAAGGGGGAGGGAGGAGGGGAAUGUUUUUGUUAUAAGGCUGUGAGCCCCAGAGAUCAAACUGAAGACAGGAGACAAAGCUACUACAAUCAAUGAACAAUCUGUAAGAACAGUACUUUAAAUUGAACUGCUAGAGACAAAAGGGUAUUGUGGGUAUUUUGAUAUGUGUGUGUACAUGUAAAGAAUAUAUGAAUGUACAUACAUAGCUCUUUGGAUAUAUGUCCACACACAUGAGAAUGGACUCCAAUCCUAUGCUCAUGUAACAGAUUAUGGGCAAUAAGAACAUUUGCCAAGACAAUCUAUGUUUCAAUCUUUCAUCACGAUUAAUUUUAAAUGGAAUACUAAAAUAAUAUCUAUAUAUAUACAUAUAUGUGUAUAUAUGUACAUGUAUAUAUAUACACAUUUAUGUAUAUAUAAGCAUGCUUUUCAAGUUUGGAACUGGAAUUGAAGGAAACAAUGGUAAACCUGUGCUCUGAGGACAUUCUUUUUUUGUGUCAAUUUUCUUUUUUUCAAAGCAGAUGAUUUGAACUUAUAUCUCUUUCCUAUGAGUGAGCAGCAUAUAUGGUACCUUUAAAACACAGGGGUGGGGUUUGUGAGGAACUGGAUUUUGAUACUGUGCUUACAUAAAUGUUUCAUGAAUAUCAACAA